CCUUUUCCUCCCUGGACGUUAAACAACCUGGGCCCCAACGGAGCCAUCUCCAUCCGAUUGAGAAAAAGGGGCAUAUUCUCAGUGAAUCAUUUAAUAAUCCGACAUGUCCCGAUUCGGCGCAAAGAAAGGCAGAAAGCUCCCCGGAGCCGAAUUCACUUGGGAGGCAGAUCCCAGCGGAGAAAAUGAUACGGCGCCGACGCCUUUGUUCCCUAAAUACACGGUCCCUCGCGCCAGACCGCUCUCCUCGCAGGAACAAUUGCAGGUGGAUUUCUAUCGCACUCUUCGGGAACGGUUCCACGAUGGCCCCUAUUACUCGAUUCUGGAGGGGGCGGGGUCGACGAUGAAGAAGGAUAGUGCGGCGCGGGCGAACUUCGAUCCCUUCCAUGGCAUGCCGAGUUAUUCGGGCAAGUAUCAGAAGAAGAAGAGGGCUUUGCCGAGGUUACAGGGGAGGCAGUAUGUGAUGAAGUUCUUCCCCCGCGAAUUGUGGCAGACGAUUCAGCCGACGUUCAAGCCCGAUGCCGCGAUGGAUGGGUAUGUGCCGCAGGUGGCGCGGGCUGGGGUGAAGCGGGGAUUUGAGGACGAUGAUGAAGAGGAGGAUGAGGAUGCGGCGAAGCGAGCGAAGGCUGGUGGUGAGGAGGGUGAGGGGGCUGAGGAUGAUGAUGAUGGGGACGGGGAUAUUCUGGAUCCGGAGGAGGAGCAGGAAGGCGAGGAGGAGAUUGAAGAUGAUGACUUUGAGGAUGACGAUGAUGAGAUGGGUGGGGAUUAUAACGCUGAGCAGUACUUUGAUGGUGGUGAUGACGAGUAUGGGGAUGAUGGGUUCGGAGAUGGUGGUGGUGGCGGCGAGGAGGAUACUUAUUAGAUCGAGCUGGAUUCUUGAGAUACCCUUUGUUCAAAACUAUUAUUCUUUGUCGGUUGAUCUUAUCAAUCUAGCGGU